AUGGAAGUGGAUGAAAUGGGAGAGGAAGAGGUAGAAAUGGAGGAGGAGAGAAUUGGAGGUGAAGAAGGUGAAGCAGGUGGAGGUGGUGGAGUAGGAGGUUGUGGAGGUGGAAAAAAUGGAGAGAUGGAGGUAAAGGAAGAGGAGGAGGUGGAGGUGGAUGAAGUGGGAGAGAAAGAGGUAGAAAUGGAGGAGGAGAGAAUUGGAGGUGAAGGAAGUGGAGAUGAAGGAGGUGGUGGAGUAGGAGGUUGUGGAGGUGGAAAAAAUGGAGAGAUGGAGGUAAAGGAAGAGGAGGAGGUGGAGGUGGAUGAAGUGGGAGAGAAAGAGGUAGAGAUGAAGGGGGAGAGAAUUGGAGAUGAAGGAGGUGAAGGAGGUGGAGGCGAAGGAGGUGAAGUAGGUGGAGAUGGUAGAAGGUUGUGGAGGUGGAAGAGAUGGAGAGAUGGAGGUAGAGGAAGAAGAGGAGGUGGAGGUGGUGGAGUAGGAGGUUGUGAAGAUGGAUGA